AUCCCAGAGUUUACAGAUCACUUAUCAAUGAAAAUGCAUCUCCAGCACCAUUCCACUUAUCUUCCCAAUAUCAACAAUCCUUUCUUUCUCUCUCUCUCACACACACUACUUGUCUUCUUUAACCUAUGUCACACCUGUCGUCAUAGCACCUCGGAAUUUCCGAUACCCACCUGAAAAACAUCGCCGGAGAAUUAGGCAUCUACCAUGAUCAUCUUUGUCUGCAUGACCCGGUUUGGUCUUUCUUGUACUCUUUCUUUUUCCACCCUUCAACCCCUUCUCAACGCUCGUCUCCUCUUCCUCUUUGUCCCGACAUAAUACAGUUACAACCCUUUUCUUUUCUUGUAGUUUUUGGUGGGAAGAAGAAGAUCCGAACAGAAAGUAUUGACUAGUUGAGUUUUUUUUUUGUUUUUUUACAGAGUAUUCAAGAUUUGUAUGUCAGCGUAUUGAAUGUUAAACGGAUUCAAAUGGGCUUAAAGGAGUAGUUAGAAUUCAUUUAAUUUACCCAAGAAACUUGGAAUUGAGGUUUAGUACAAGUAGUUUUUGUUGUUGUUGUUUCUUAUAGUUUUCAUGGAUUCUGCUCUGUUUGUUCUUAACGAGGAUCUUCUUAUCAGAAUUCUUUCCUUCAUUACCCAUGAUUCCGACCGCAAAGCUUUCCGUUUGGUUUGUAAAGCAUUCCUCCGGGUUGACUCUUUCCACCGUACCCAUCUCCGGAUCCUUCGUCCUGAGUUCAUUACAACCCUUUUCUCCAAAUUCCCACGUAUUUACUCCCUUGACCUUUCCGUUUGCCCCCAAAUUAAUGACGGAGCUGUUUCCAUGCUGGUGGGUUAUGGGUUGCCGGAUUGGAGUAGGAGGUUGAGGAGGUUGGUGCUGAGUCGAACCACUGGGUUGAAAUCAGCCGGGUUAGAGAUUCUUAUGAAGUCUUGUCCUGUUUUGGAGUCUAUUGACGUGUCUUACUGCUGGGGUUUUGGUGAUAGGGAAGCUGCGGCUUUAUCUUUUGGUGGGUCUUUAAGGGAUGUAAAGCUCGACAGGUGUUUGGGUCUUACUGAUGUUGGUUUGGCAAAAGUAGCAAUUGGGUGUCAAUGCCUAGAGAAACUUAGCUUGAUGUGGUGUAUUGAAAUUACUGAUCUUGGGAUUGAUUUUCUGUCCAAGAAAUGUACACAACUGAAGCAGCUUGACAUUUCAUAUUUAAAGGUUACUAGUGUGUCACUGCAUUCUAUAAGCAGUAUGGAGAAGUUGGAGCUUUUGGCUAUGGUUGGGUGCGGCAUUGUGGACGAUGAAGGACUACAUUAUCUUGGAAAAGGGUGUCCUUCGCUUCAGGCACUGGAUGUAUCAAGGUGUGACAGACUAAGCUCAUCUGCCUUAGCUUUCUUGAUUAAUGGACAUCCUUCAAUGCUACAAGUCUACGCUAGUCACUGUUUCCAUGAGUUUCCUACUAAAGUCAUCCAAGGGCUGAAGGACCUAAAGAAUCUGAAAAAGCUCAUACUUGAUGGAGCACCGGUUUCUGAAUCAUUCUUCAAGAUCAUUAAUUUCAAUUGCAAAUAUUUGGUCGAAAUAGGGCUUGGAAAAUGCAAAGGAGUGACUGACAAGGGCAUUCUCCAGCUGGUAUCAGGGGGUGUUAAUUUAAAUAUCUUGAAUCUCACAUGCUGUAGCGAACUUACCGAUAAUGCAAUAUCAGCUAUAACAGAUUCUUGCCGGAGUGUUUUGUGCCUCAAGUUGGAGUGCUGCAACUUACUCACAGAGAAGAGCCUAUAUCACCUGGGAUUACAUUGUUCCUUACUUGAGGAGCUUGAUCUUACUGAUUGUUUUGGAGUCAAUGACACUGGACUUUAUUACCUGUCUAAAUGUACAAAGCUUAUAUGCCUAAAGUUGGGAUUAUGUACUAACAUUACUGACAAGGGACUGUACUGUGUGGCUAGAAAUUGCAGCGAGAUUCGUGAACUUGAUCUAUACCGGUGCCAAGGAAUUGGUGAUGAUGGACUCUAUGCUUUAUCAAGUGGUUGCAAAAGAAUGCAGAAGUUAAAUUUGUCUUAUUGCAGUGAGGUUACUGAUAGAGGAAUUGAGUGUCUCGGCCAUCUACCAGAGCUCUCUGACCUCGAGAUGCGGAGUCUUUUGAAUGUCACAGGCACUGGUUUAACAGCACUUGCUACGGGAUGCAAGAGACUUGCUGAAUUGGAUGUGAAAGACUGUACUAGCAUUGAUGAUUCAGGUUUCAUGGCGCUUGCUUAUUACUCUAGGAAUUUGCAACAGAUUAAUCUGAGUCAUUGUGCAAUCUCGGAUGUGGGCCUGUGCAUGGUGAUGGGGAACUUGACACGGUUGCAGGAUGCCAAGCUCGUAAACCUUUACAACGUGUCAACCAAUGGCUUUGAGGUUGCUCUUCGGGCUUCCCGUGUUCGGCUGAAAAAAGUUAAGUUGAUUGCCUCCCUGAGACUACAUCUUACGCCGGACGUAGUUAAGACAUUGAAGGCAAGAGGUUGCAGGAUUAGGUGGGAUUAAAAGGUACAAUAUCCCAACAGUACAUGCCAAUGUGUGUUACCAUACCCCCCCACUUACAUGAAUGGGGUACUACCAAUACAUUUGAGCUGUUGAACCUAAAACUUCUCCCAUUACAUCAGUAAGCAGAAAUUUUCCAUCAUGUUGUUUUUGUAAGUCCACCGAAGAGAUUUUGCGCGACUCUUCACUUGUGUGGACUCAUUGUAUAAACUUCUUAUGUACCUUUGCAGUCUGGAGAUCAACUAUAUGAAUGAUAAAACAUCAUAUCAGAGGAUCUCUAAAGUUAAUGGCAGAGAAUAUCUUCUUAUUAA